GCACAAGUGCAGGUGGCUAUCAACCAGCGAGCGAAGUUCGAUCUGCGGCAUCUAUGGGCGUCUAUCGGCCGUUCCGCUGCUGUCGAUCGUCUCUGGAUCGUCUCCAGUUGGUCUCCAGUGCGAACGGGCUCCUGAUUACCAUCCCUCAAGUACUGUCUUCUGCCCUCCAGUGCGUCGAAGGCUCGCCGACAAGUGACCGCACCACACAAACCACCAAGACUUCAGCACACUUGCUUCCGUCGGCCGAUCUUUCGAACGGCCGCCGUCGUAUCCGCACCGUGCGCUGACAAAUCGCCCACUCUGGAUAGGGAGAACGAGAAUACCCCCUCGAGAUCGUCCACGACUUGCCUCACAACCUCGACAUAUCCCUUUGCUCUGAGGGCCCAAUAUGAUCAAGGAACGUAGCAAGCGGCCCCUGUCCCCCGCCCCGCUACCUCCUCCGAAGCGCCUGCAUUCGCCUGGAGGAUCCAACCACACUCAUAAGACCCAAUCUACCUUCGACAACCUACUCUACGACGAGCUCAUCCUUGUCAUCUUCUCCUGUCUCUCAUGGACCGACCUAUGCGCUGUCCAGCGCACGAACAGGAACUGGGCAAGACUCGCGCUCGAUAACCAGCUGUGGAAGAAUAUGUACCUGAGUGAGUACAGCCGACCUAGACUCCGCGGAGUGAGAGGCUUUAUUGGCCGAGCGGAUGGGAGGGAGGUCAGGCCGCUGCCGGGACGAGCCAAGUCGGAGGACGUGAAGGAUUGGAAGUGGAUGUUCCGCAUAAGCUCCAACUGGCGAAAGGGCCGCUGCUCCGUCGAGAACCUACAUACUGGUCUCGACUACUCAAGGCUCCGAAUGCCUUCGACCCCUCGCCAAGCUGAAACCCUACCCGACGAACAGACUUUCCUGCUGCUGGCAGGCAACAUGACCAUUUCUGCAUCAUCUCGCCCGUCAACUGUGCCCCGGAUAUCACUCGCAUCUCCUGGGCACAAGACACAUACGCUGCGUUCUCCCUCCAGCCGGACGUCGGAUCCCAUUCGCAUUACAGCUCUCGCACUGGACCAAUCCCCACCCUCAGCCACGCAUCGUAUCCGCCUCAUCUCAUUCCUGUCGACGGGCGAGUUCUCCGUCUUCAACGUCGACCAUCACACGCUCGCGCACUCCGCACGAUUACUGACUUUCGUGCCCACAACAAGGACCGCACGCACCACCCCUAUCAUCCAGGCCGUCUACCAUCAUCCUUUGCUCGUCACACUCUCGGAGUCGUUCCACUUAUCACUCUACGACCUCUCCGGCGACACCGUCGUCCACACCCAGACGCUCACCUCCUUCACCUCACACCCGCCGAGCUCGCUCGUACUCUCCGCGCCCUCAGCCUCGACGUACAAACUUGUGCUCGCCUACGCGAUCCCCGUCUACCCCGCGCACUGGAGCGUCGGCGCGACGGAGCUGCUCAUCGCAAGCGGCGCGGAUGCCGAUGCGGACGCGCGGAUGACCGUAGCAGCGUCGCGCACGACGCGCGCGAUCGACGUGCCGCAGGGUUGGAUCGACGAGCGGAAGCUGCGGCUCAUUCGCGAGCAGUGGGCGCGCAAGGUCGCGCGCGUCGCGGACACGCAGACGGACGGGAAGUGGGUCGUCCUCGCCCCGGGCGACCCGCUCCUCGAGCAGUCGCGCGCGGUCUCGCCCGCCCCGUCGUCGUCGUCGUCGGCGGCGGCAUCGCCUUCGCCGCCUCCGAGUACUAACUCGACCUACACGUCGUCGAGCAUGCAUACUGCGAGUGCGCUGCAGCUCUACCGCCUCAACCUCCCCGCGUCGUCCUCGCCCACCGCCGUGCCAAAGCUAACCUUCGUACGCAGCCUGCACGGGCAGAUCGGACCUGUGUCUGCGCUCGCGCUGGCAGACGGGCGGUGCGUCAGCCUCGGUGUGAACGGCAGCUUAUGGGUGUGGGACCUCGAGGGCGGGACGGGCGCAGAGGUGUCUGGCGGAGUCGAGGUCGAGGACGCGGAGGAAGGCGAGCGGACGAGCUGGAGUGAGGAGGAGCGAUUGCGCUCGGCGGCGGCGGUCAAGGGUACGGUCGUAUUUGACGAGAGAAGAAUUAUCAGUUCGGAUGUAGACGGGGUGAGGGUGUGGAGAUUCGACGUGUAG